GUGUUGCCAAAAGAUUGCAAAAGAGCAUUCCAAACUCGGUGAUAUUGAAUCAAUACUCCAAUGAAGACAAUCCACUGGCCCAUGAAUACACGACCGGGCCAGAAAUCAUCGACGCGAUUGUAGCAGAUUAUGCUGCCCACUCCUAUAGCUCACGAAAAUCCUCCGGAAAGGUGGAUGCUGUGGUCAUGGGUGCCGGAACCGGAGGGACCAUCACAGGUGUUUCGAGAGCCAUCAAGAAAGUUCACAAUCCUGACUGUGUGAUUGUUGGAGUAGACCCUAAAGGGAGCGUCUUGGCUUAUCCCGAUAAUCUCAAUAAGACAACUGAUGACAGUGUUUAUCAAGUUGAAGGCAUUGGGUUGCCUCCGACUGUGGACAAAUGGAUCAAGCUUGGCGACGAUGAAGCCUUCCCUGCUACAAUGAGGCUUAUCAAGGAAGAGGCAUUGCUCGUAGGAGGAAGCUCUGGAACUGCAUUAGCAGGAGCCCUGAAUUGGUUGAAGAGCCCCGAAGGGAAAGAGUGCGCUGCCACUGAAGGAAAGAACAUAGUUGUUGUCUUACCUGAUGG